GUAUGCCAGGCUGUGCUGAACGUUUGACGUUUCAUUCAUCGCAUCUUCACACCCAGCCUAUGAGGUGGGCGCUGGUUUUAUUCCCAAUUUACUGAUGAGGAAACUGAGGCACUGAGAGGGUAACUCACUUGCCCAAGAGCAUCCAGCUCAUACCUGUAGGUGCCAGGAUUCAAUCCCAGGUUGGCUGAACGCUAAAACCUCUGCUCUUAAAUCCUCAGCCCAGUAUCUCCUCCCACUUGGCUUUACGAAGCACCUGCUAUGUGCAUCCCGUGGGCAGUAGACUGUACAGAGUUGACAAGAAGAUGAUAGUGGGUUUGUCUUGAAGAGGCUUAGAGGAUGGGGAAGGGGAGGCAGCUAACCAUUUCUUGAGCACCUACUAUGUGCCAGGAAAGAUGCCAGGUGCCUUACACAGCCGUCUUGAUUAACUCUACAACAAUCUCACGAGAAAGGUGAGACCCUUUCCACGUGACAGCCCAGGCCUGGGCUCUCAGGAGCCUGUCUUCUUCUUUCCCAAAUGGCCUCUAGCAGGUCACACUCCUCUGGGCCACAUUUCCCCCUCUGGUUCCUUGACAGGAACUGCCCUAGGAGACCUCAAACCCUCUGCCAGUUACAGGUCAAAGCUUCUCAGAACAACAGGAGGUAGCCAGGCCAUUUGGAAAGUAUGGAGACUGUGGCCACAACUCCAGGCAAAUUGCAGGGCCAGACGCUGGAUAUUGGAUAGGUGACAGAGCUAGCUCCCUGGAGGCCUGGCUGGCACAGUCCAUAGCCUUUGUAACCCCCCUGGGAGCCUGGGGAGGGGCGUCUGGGAAUGUGGCUUCCUGCUCAGCUCCGGAAGUUGGGCCAAGAUGGCUGGUGGUGGUUUGGUUGGCAUCCCAGGUGGCCCUAGGACAAGGCCCCCAGGUUCCAUCAAGGGUCCCUGGGGGCUGGAUAGCCUAUCUGAGGUCUCUUUUUAAGAAGAAAAGAUUUUGCCACAAGCUCCCACCUAGGUGAGUGGGGGCGGGGAGAGGCAGGACACCUGUCUUGAAGUAGCAGUCGCAUAACAAGUACCAUUUUCCCCUCCUGAGGAUCUGGGGUAACUGAUAAAGAUUAUGGGAGGGCUUUAACUACUCCCUCAGGGCUACCACUGCUCUGGAAUCAAUGGUGCAUCACCCCUCAUACCCUGUUGAAGGAUGUUGCAAUACUUCUAAGCCUUGGGGCCAGCCCUGCUAGGCCCAUUUCCCAGAUGGGGUAACUGAGGCCCAGACUUUGGAAGGACUCACCAGAUGGAGGCCAGCCAGGGAAAGAGUUCCAGGGAUCUGAAUUCCUCACCAGCCUGGCUGGGGUGCUGGGUGGGAAGUCAAGGAGGGAGACGGGGAAGCAGAUCACGGGGCUACUCCUGUGGCUGGGCAGGGCCCUUACGGAAUUGCCAGUCUGGGCGUUGACUCCUGAAAUCAGUAAGUAGAGCCUUCGCGUUGGUGCCCAGCCCUGGGUUGACCUGACCGGAAAGAGUCCCUUCUGAGAACUCUUAGACAGGUAAACAACAAACUCAUGGGGAGAGAUAGUGUGUGUGUAUCUGUCCGGGACAGGCCUUUCCAGUCACAUUAUCACAUUUAAAACUCUAAAACUGUGCAAACCUGGAGCUGUGGGAGCAGAGAAAAAGGGGAGAAAACCUCUGCCUGGCAUGGGAGGACAUCCCGGAAGACUUCCUUGGAGAGGUGAUAUUUGAACUAUGCCUUGAAGAACAAUAAUAAUAAUAGCAAACACUUUCUGAAAACUUCUUAUGUGCCUGUCGGUGUUCUGAGAUCUGUAUCUGCUUCCUUCAUAUCUGUUUUAUCUCAUCUAAUUCUCUCAAAACCCUGUGAGCGAGAUACUAUAAUAACAUAUGAACCGAUGAGAAAACCAAACCAGGGCACAGAGAGGUUAAGAGACUUGCCCAAGACCACACAGCUACCAAUGGCAGAGUCAGCAUUCAAAUCCAGAGAGGCAAAUCAAUGACUGACUAAGACCUUCCGAGUGCUAUUUAAUCCCUCUGAACCUCAGUUUGUGUAUCCAUACAAGGGGGGGGACUAGUACAAUAGUAAGUAAUGCAUAGAAUUAUUGUGAGGACGAAGGUGAGCUAAUCCUUGUAAAACGCUUAGAACAGUGCCCGGCACACAGUAAGCGUUCAAACAAUUGUAGAUGACUUUCAUCAUUGCCGUGGUGAUCUUCAAGCCCUCCCCUCCCCCUCCGGCCGCGGCUUCCUCCCCCGCAGUGCCAGCCAGUGACGCGGGAUCUGCCACACGCACAGUCUGGGUUUAAUUGGAAACUAAAAGAGAUGGAAGGGGAUGUUCGCGGCCCCUCCCUUGACUCUGAAAAGGACCCCCAGGGAGGGUGUGACUCUCUCUAGCGACGCCUCCCGCCAUCUCCGAUACUGCUCCGGGAUGGGACAACGAGGUCGGACCGAGAAGGCGGCGCCGGGAUGGCGGCGCUGGGAUCCCGGGACAGGGUGCCAGGCUCGCUGUUUGUGACACGUAGACGCCCUCCCCGCCGCGGUACAGCCUCGGAACCUGGACGUCCUCCUGGCCGGAAAGUUUGGGGCUGGGCGCCAUGGCCAAGAGCAGCUCCCUGAAUGUCCGUGUCGUGGAGGGCCGGGCGCUGCCCGCCAAGGACGUGUCUGGGAGCAGUGACCCCUACUGCAUAGUGAAAGUGGACGACGAAGUGGUGGCCAGGACAGCAACCAUCUGGCGAAGCCUGAGCCCCUUCUGGGGGGAGGAGUACACAGUGCACCUGCCCCUGGAUUUCCACCAUCUGGCCUUCUAUGUGCUGGACGAGGAUACCGUGGGGCACGACGACAUCAUAGGCAAGAUCUCACUGAGCAGGGAGGCCAUUACAGCUGACCCCCGAGGAAUUGAUAGCUGGAUCAACCUGAACCAUGUGGACCCUGAUGCAGAGGUGCAGGGUGAGAUCUUCCUGGCCGUGCAGAUGCUGGAGGAUGUGAGGGGCCGUUGUCUUCGCUGUCACGUGCUCCAGGCCAGGGACCUGGCCCCCCGAGACAUCUCCGGCGCAUCUGACCCAUUUGCACGUGUGUUUUGGGGCAGCCAGAGCUUGGAGACUUCGACCAUCAAGAAGACUCGCUUCCCACACUGGGAUGAGGUGCUGGAGCUGCGGGAGAUGCCAGGUCCCCCAUCCCCGCUGCGGGUGGAGCUCUGGGACUGGGACAUGGUUGGCAAGAAUGACUUCUUGGGCAUGGUGGAGUUCCCCCCACAGGUCCUACAGCAGAAUCCGCCCAAUGGCUGGUUCCACCUCCUGCCCUUUCCCAGAGCGGAGGAGGAUUCUGGGGGGAGCCUGGGUGCUCUUCGGCUGAAGGUGCGCCUGACCGAGGACCGCGUCCUGCCCUCCCAGUACUACCAGCCACUCAGGGAGUUGCUCAUGGAGUCUGUGCUGGGGCCGGCAGAGGAAGAUGCUGCCAGCCCCCUGGCUGUCCUGGAGGAGCUGACCUCGGGGGACUGCCGCCAGGAGCUUGCCACCAAGCUGGUGAAGCUCUUUCUUGGCCAGGGCCUGGCUGGGCCCUUUCUGGACUAUCUCACCCGGCGUGAGGUGGCACGGACCACUGACCCCAACACCCUCUUCCGUUCUAACUCCCUGGCAUCCAAGUCAAUGGAACAGUUUCUGAAGCUCGUGGGCAUGCCCUACCUGCACGAGGUCCUGAGGCCGGUGAUUAACCGCGUCUUCGAGGAGAAGAAGUACAUGGAGCUGGACCCGUGCAAGAUGGACCUGGGCCGCACCAGGAGAAUCUCCUUCAAGGGUGCGCCCUCCGAGGAGCACGUGCGGGAGGUCAGCCUGGGACUGCUGACGGGCUACCUGGGGCCCAUCGUGGAUACCAUUGUGGGCUCCGUGGGGCGCUGCCCGCCCGCCAUCCGUCUCACCUUCAAGCAGCUGCGCCAGUGCGUGGAGGAGCGCUUUCCCCAGGCAGAGCACAAGGAUGUGAAGAACCUGGCCAUAAGUGGCUUUCUCUUCCUGCGAUUCUUCGCUCCUGCCAUCCUCACCCCGAAGCUGUUUGACCUUCGGGACCAGCACGCAGAUCCCCAGACCAGACGCUCACUGCUGCUGCUUGCCAAGGCUGUGCAGAGCAUUGGAAACCUGGGCCAGCAGCUGGGCCAGGGCAAGGAGCUGUGGAUGGCCCCCCUACACCCCUUCCUGCUGCAGAGUAUUUCGCGUGUGAGAGACUUCCUGGACCAACUGGUGGAUGUGGAUGGGAAGGAGGAGCCUGGGGGCCCAGCCAGGGCCCUGGUCCCGCCCUCGGUGACCGUUCGAGAAGGCUACCUGCUCAAGCGCAAGGAAGAGCCCGCCGGCCUGGCCACACGCUUUGCGUUCAAGAAGCGCUACUUCCGGCUCAGCGGGGAGAUGCUCUCCUACUCUAGGAGUCCUGAGUGUCAGACGCGAUCCUCCAUGCCGGUGUCGCACAUCCGCGCCGUGGAGCGCGUGGACGAGGGCGCCUUCCAGCUGCCGCACGUGAUGCAGGUGGUGACGCAGGACGGCGCGGGAGCGCUGCACACCACCUACCUCCAGUGCAAGAACGUGAACGAGCUCAACCAGUGGCUAUCGGCCCUGCGCAAGGCCAGCGCCCCCAAUCCGGACAAGCUGGCCGCUUGGCACCCCGGUGCGUUCCGCAGCGCGCACUGGACCUGCUGCCUCCAGGCCGAGCGCUCAGUUGCCGGUUGCAGCCGCACACACUCAGCCGUCACCCUGGGGGACUGGAGUGACCCGCUGGAUCCUGAUGCUGAGACCCAAAUGGUGUAUCGGCAGUUGCUUCUAGGGCGGGACCGGCUCAGGACUCCAGAGACAGAGGGCACAGAGCUUGGAUGUGUCCCUCCACCUUGCUGGCUGGCCUCAGGAUCACUGUCAUUCAGUGACGGAGAUGUGUUCCAACUCAUGGUGUGGGUUCUGAAGCUGGCCUGCCUGGGUUCAAAUCCUGGACUGGCUACUCACUGGCUGUGUGAUCUCGGGCGAGUUGCUUACCUUCUCUACCUCAGUUUCCUCAUCUGGAAAAUAAGGGUACCAAUUGUACAUACCUCAUGGGGUUGUCCUAAGGAACAAAUGAGCUAAUACAGGUAAAGCACUUUGUAGGUGCCUGGCCACAUAAUUAGCUUUCAAUAAAGGGUAACAAUUAUUAUUAUGCUCUGUGACCUUAGGUAAGUUACAUUACUUCUCUGUGUCUCAGUGAUCAUCUGUAUAACGGAGCUAACAGUAAGUACCUACAUGUGUUUUGUGCUAAUUAAAUGAGUUUAUACAUGUAAAGGGCUUAGAAUAGGAUCUGACAUGCUAUAAAUGUUUGCUGUGAUGAUGGUGAUGGUUUAGUGGGAACCUGUAAUGUCUCCGUCAACCAGCAGAAUCUCUGGGUUCGAGAGCAGCAUUGGGACUCAGGAACCAGCUUGGUUUUCUCCCUCUUAACUUUCAGGAUGAAAUUCCUGGAGGAUUCCACCCUGGAUACGACUCCCGAGGCAGACACAGAGAAGGGCUCCAGUGCCACGGAAG